AGUAUUCAUUUGAAUAAUUAUUGUGCAUAUGGGGAGGUCAGGGCUCUUUGCAGGGUUGAGCUCGCUGCAGACUGAUCAUAUUUUUAGCAGCAAACUGGAGGUUCCAAACCCCCUGAAGAUGUAUGGCCUGUAUUUGGAAGCGGUGAAUGACUACAUUAAUGAAUCAUAUGGAGAGGACGUAUGGAGGCUAAUCGAGGCCAGAGCGGAGAUCCCGCACCUCAAAUUUGUUCGCCACCAGAUGUACAACGAUAAUCUGAUCCUAAGAUUGGCAAAGGCAGCUGGUGAGGUUUUAGGAAAAACUCACGAUGAGCUGAUGUACGCUUUCGGUGUCUACAUGGUCAAGCGGAUAGGAAACUAUGGCUAUGAGAGGAUCUUAAAGGUACUGGGGCGUAAUGUACGAGAUUUCAUCAAUGAGCUGGAUAACCUACAUGAGUACUUCCGUUUCUCCUUCCCAAAAGUCCAGCCUCCCAGUUUCUGUGUAGAGGAAGAAUGUGAAACAAGUCUUACCCUGCACUACCGUUCAACAAGGAAAGGAUUCACACAGUUUGUCAAAGGGCAGCUCUCUCAGGUGGGUCGACAGUUUUACAACACAGACAUUGAGGUGGAGAUUCUAUCCAAAGAGGAAACAGAGAAAAUGACAUAUGUGGUGUACAAGAUGAAUUUUGACAACGCUGCGUUUAAGCACCGCAUGCCCCAGCAGAAAACAGCUCCAGGCUAUGAGAAACUGCCCAUGAAGAGAGGAAUCUUUUUUGACAUGUUCCCCUUCAGCGUAAUAUUCCGCAGGGACAUGACCAUGUAUCGGAUAGGAGAUGGUUUGAAAGAGGUGUUUUCUGAUCUGCAGGGUAAAAAGGUUGAUGAGGAGUUUACCCUGGUGCGACCCAUGCUGGAAUUCAGCUGGGAUAAUAUCUACACCCACCUCAACAAUGUGUUUGAACUGCUGUCUAAGGCUGUGGUGGAGAGCAAACAGAAGGUCAACAUCCCUAAACUCAACAAAGAAGAACCAGAGGAGAAAGAGGAGAGUGAAAAACCUAAAAAAGAAGAGCGAGAUAUUAAAGUGAUGGAGGAAAUGAAGGGGACAGAUCAGGAAUACAGCGGCACUCUGACUCAGUACAGCAGCUCAGCUAAUUCUGGAGGAGAGGACAUCGAGCUGCUGGCUUUUCAGACUGUCACCGGCAAAUGCAGUGAAACAAUAUUUGAAGACAUGCGGGAGCCCCCUAAAAAGCCUCUUCAUCUUAAGGGCCAGAUGAAGUAUGUGCCUCAGUGGGACUCCCUCAUCUUUCUAGGAACUCCCAUUAUUGAGACAGUGGAGGAUAUGAUAAAAAUGGGUGUUUACGUCAACGAUUUAAACCUGCACGACUCAAGCAGAGAGCUCAUCCUGGCUGGAACACAGCAAUCAGCAGAGCUGCAACUGGCACUUGACCAGGAGCAGCAGAAAUAUGCACAGCUGCAGGAGAUCAUUAAAAAACUGGACGAGGAGAAGAAGAGAGGAGACUCCCUGCUGUAUGCCAUGAUACCAAAAGCAGUGGCGGACAGACUGCGUAAGGGCAUCACAGCCCUGGAGACGUGUCAGGUGUUCCCAGACGUGACCAUCCUGUUCAGCGAUGUGGUGAAGUUUAAUGAGAUCUGUAUCCAUAUCAGCCCCAUGCAGGUGGUGGACAUGUUAAACGAGAUCUACAUCGUUUUUGACACACUCAGCGAGAAGCACAAUGUUUAUAAGGUGGAGACCAUUAGGGAUGCCUACAUGGUGGUGGCAGGUGUGCCCAAUAAAACCACAUUUCAUGCCCACCACAUCUGUGACAUGGCUCUAGAUAUGUUGAGCUCCAUUGAUCACCUAAAAGACCCCUCCACCGGGGACAACAUCCAGAUCCGUGUUGGCAUUCACUCUGGAAUGGUGGUGGCAGGGGUGGUGGGUCUGAAAAUGCCCAGGUAUUGUCUGUUCGGAGACACUGUGAACACGGCUUCCCGGAUGGAGUCAAAUGGCGUGGGCAUGCAAAUUCACAUCAGUCAAACCACCAAAGACCAUCUGGAGCAUGAGCCAUACAUCAUUGAGGAACGUGGAAAGAUUUUUGUUAAGGGUAAAGGUUAUAUGAAGACAUAUUGGCUGAAGCAAGAUCUGUCAUUUAAGACUCCAGCAGAGCUCAGAUACAGCAAUGAGCAGAAAGACUCAGAGGACAGAAGCUCAAAUGGGUCCUCUUGCUCCAACAGCAAACAUUCCCCAUCAAACCUGAACACCCCCAAUGAGGAGCAGGCUGAGGGCAAGCCUACUCCCACUGACCUGCCCCCUGAUGCCCUGCCAGCACUAGAGGGCACUCCAGACUCAAACACAUUCACCAAUGAGUCCCAGCAGGACAAAGAAAAGGUUAAAAGGACAAAGAAUAACAAAGAAGGGAAGGUAGAAAAUGCAAAGGAAAGCACUCCACCUGCUGGUGGCCAGGAGAAUGCAGCUACAGAGCUUAACAACACAAAGCACAGUUUCAGAAGCCAGUACUCACGAUUACCAGCGAACAUUCCUAUGCGAAGCACAGCCUGCAAAUUGCUGUAAAUAUCCAGGGGAAGAUUCAUAAAAUAGUACUUAUUAUAUUAGUGAAUCUUUACAGCUUGAAUUUUAAAAGUAAUUUUUGGGAAUAAAUCUGGUGAAUAAUGCUGACUGUGGUACAUAAACCUUAUUUUUUUCAUGCAGACUCCUUCUUAGAUGUCUUCUUGCCAUGAUAAGAUACUUCUUAGUGUCAAAUAAAAUACUGGUGGUAACUAAAUUCCAUGAUGUAUUUGGAUCACAAUUUGACAGUAAAUCGAAAAUAAGAGAGGAUGUUCAAAUGCAGUUCGGCUGCUACUUCCUCUUUAAAUAGUUUGAAUAAUUGUAUUUGAAUGUUUUGCUGUCACCCCCUUUUUGAGCUUUGACUUGUAAAUGCACUACCCAAACUUAAACGGUUGUAAUUCGUGAACCCUGUGGACCCUGAAGACUUGCGGUUGGUCUCUUUUAAAAGAAGACUAUUGGCAGUGGAAUAAAA